UACACGUGCAACGUCACGAUAGGAACACAGUUGGAACGUUAGCUUCCAAAGAAAACAUACAUUUCUGCGUGAAAUGUGCUUGAUUUAACGUUUAAUUCAGCGGUUUUAAUUAAACAGGACACAAUGCAGAUGCUUUGAAUGCAUAUCGAACGGUACAGUAGUAGUUGGUCAUUUUUUAAACUUUUGAGUUACGAAUUUGCAGCGGAGCUAGUGAGCUAACGUUAGUUUGCUAGACAUGGAUCCGCUAGACAUAGUAACGGACGAAGUGGCGUUGGAGGGACUGGACGGGGUUACUAUCCCCUCUCUGUGGAUUCGGUUGGAAAAGAGGAACCCCGCUUUCCCACGGAAUCUUGACUCGUGUACUAAAGAGUUCAUUUGGAAAUCCUUGGUCUCGAACCACGAAGUCGACUUCUUCGAGCUGCCGCAAGAGAGAGCGGACGUCGUGCUCGUCGACCGGUUUGCAGACAUAGAUCCAGACACGGGGAUUCAGGAAGCAUCCCAUUGGGACAGAGUGGACUCCUACCCUGUCCAGAUCUUAUUGGAGGAUAAGAGUGGAAUCCAGGGCUCGUGUGUCUUCUUCAAGGAGAGGAGAAACGUCACCCCAAUCAUCCGCACCACCAACCUGACGCCAUGUGUAACGUUAGAGGACGCCUUCAAAAGGUGGGGGAGGAAGCUGGUAAUGGUGGCCUCCCAGAGGUUAAGGUUCAGGGUGUUAAUAGGUGACGGAGGAGACCCGGACUUGAAGCUGACUGACCACUCAUACUGUAUCCUGGAGAGGGUGGGGAGGGCCCGCUGGCAGGGAGAGCUACAGCGAGACCUGCACUCCUGCUCAUUCAAGACGGACCCGAGGAAGAUGCACUACUUGAGGAAGUCUCUGACACAGAAUGAUCUGAUCACCAUGCAGUCUCAUGUCCUCAGACUGGCCAGCGGAGCACAGCAACACUCCAUACUGCUCCUGCUCAAACGCUUCCACGUCGACCGGCGUAGUAAGUAUGAUAUCCUGAUGGAGUUGACCUCUAACCUCCUGUCAGAGGCGCCCAACCACACAGCCUCCAUGAUCACACUACGAGACCAACUG